AUGGCGAGCACUGGCCCUGUGCCUGCAACUCCUGCUGAUACUGAGCAAACCUCAGUGUCAACUUGGCAGGUGGAGGUUCCUGAUGGUGAUGCGCUCCAUGAGAGUUGGGCCCAGGCGAUGAAAAAAGCACUGCAAAAGUGCAAUGAAGAGUAUGGUGGCCCGCAGAACUAUCUUGCAAACAGGUUUGCCGAAAGGCAUGAGUGUGUCAGUUGGCUGGAGUACCUCUUGCAUGUGGUGCCCAAGUCCUGCAACAACUUCUGCUUCAAGCAGGAUGGGGGCGGUGUUCUGCCCCAGGACCUGGGCAAAGCGAUGCCACUGCUGAUGCAUCCGGCGGUUUUCUCCUUUGACUUGCGCUCCUCAGUGAAGGGGCCGAGCGAGAACGACACUGUAACGGCACUCGCUGAUGAGAUCUUGAAGGAUGGCUUCGUCACUGCCGGGGACCCGAUCCUGGUUACCCUUUCAGACUUGAGGGUGGAGAAGCCGGAUGAGGACUCGAGCAACUCUCAGAAGCAAUCUGAGCUGAUCUCUGUGCCCUGGGAAUCUCCUGGUGUUCGGCCGUUCUCUGUGGGGUAUUACAAGGGCAGGACACGUGUCAUGACCAUGAUGACCUUGCUCAGCCUUGCACGUGACAAUAGCAUGGACAACUUUGCAGAGGCAGCAUGGGGACAGACAGUGCAUCCCCAAUUGCUCGAAACCAUGCGUGCUAUCUGGGUACAACCGAUCCAGUGUGUUUCCAAAAGGGAAGAGAUGCUGGGGAAUUUCAAGCUGAGCGUGCGCGGAUCAAUCAGAAAAGCCCCGAACGUGAUAACAUGGGUCACCAGCAUCGCCAACCUCAAGCUGCAUGAGCCUGCAUUGGAUGUGGCAGAAUUGAUCCGGGACAACAACCGCCGCAGCUCCAAGCAGGGCCAGCUGGUCGGCGCAAAGGCCCAAUCCGUCAAGCACAUCAUGGAGCAGUUUGAUCCCCGGGCUUUGAAAGCAAUCAUCAGCUACACGGUGCAAGUUGGCCAUGACAAAACACCUUGGUCUGAUGAUUCCCUCAGCUCGAAGAAAGUCCUACCAGGGUUCCAGCGCCCUGGCAGCAGCUGUUGCGUGAUGAUGAAGUUGCCUGAGUCGGUGAGCCUGCAGAAUGCAUUCAUUGUGAGGCGACAGAUGGCCAUGUCUAGCGCUGUGCCGCUAUCCAUGCGGAAGAAGAUGGAUAAGAAGGAGACGGAAAACAUUGCAGAAGAAGCAGCCUUUGUCGUUGCAGUUACUGCAGAAGUGCAGAAUGCCAUGCCGGUUUCCGACGCGGUGCUCGCAGCUGAGUGGGUGGACAAGUACGUGGAGGGUGACUCUGGUGUCCUGCUGGAGGUUCAGUCGGCGAUCCUGCAGAGAAACUGCAAGCAUGUUUCAGAGUUGGGCACCAUCCAGCAGAUCAUGAACUGUCAUGCGGGAAAUGCGCCUGUCACAUCCAGCAGUGCUACCACACACAUGGUUCAGUUGGAGUCCGAGAGUUUCCAGCUUGUCAUGAAGCAGCUGGCAUAUGACUGCCAAGCACUGCGAGUGGCAAGGUCCAAGAAGAACACGUGGGAGUCGACAGUGUACCAUGCAAAACUCCAAUUCCGAGUACAAGCGUACCAGGAGUCGUGCAAGGCAGCGAAGCACUUCCUUGACUCGAAUUGCCACAUCUUCAACUACAGCAAGCCGGAGAUGAUGGCAAACUCAAUCCUCGCAUACUGCACAGACACGACACAGAAGUUCAAGCUGGACAAAACGGCGUCAGCAAGCUUGUUCUUCUUGAAUUGGUCGGCGCCGUGCACCAUCAAGAAGGGUGCCAAGAGUGCUCAGUUGGCAUCCUGUCAGGCAGUGCUGGCAUCAUCAGAGAACAACAUCGGGAUCAUGUUGCAGCCUGAAUUCACCUACAAAAAGAAUCAGCUUUGGAUGUUGGAGAAUGCCCACGCAAAGGACCUAGCUUCCCACGGCAUUAGCCUCGACAAAGGAUGGAUUUUGAUGUUCAAGGAGAAGGUGGAUCAGCGUGACAACCUGCGGCCUCUGAACUACAGGGGACGAGUUCUUGAGGGUGCCAUUGCAAGGGUUGCCCCCAAAGACAACAUUUGGAAGAACGCUGCCAUCCUGAAGGAGGGCCGCACGGAGCCUGCAACACAGGUCUCCUCGAAGGAGCUCGUUUUCAUUGAGACCGCAGAUGAGUCAGCAGAGGUUGCCCUGGCUGCUGAUGAUUCGGUUCAGGGUGGCAAGAAGGUGGAGCAAAUUGGCGCCUGCGCGUGCACCAAGAUUCUUUCGGGCAUGCUGGAUGAUUUGCAGCUGGCUGGCCGGGCCGGCGUUUUCAUCAUUGACGCCCACAUGAAUGUUGGCAACAUGUUCGACGCGUUCACUGCGAUCCGCUCCAAGUACAACUUCCCCAUCUUCUACAUUGGGGCAAGUGACGAUGAGAACUGUGUGAGCUGGUUCUUUGAGACCAAACAGGAUGCCCUGGCCCGCCUCCACAUGUCUGGCGAUUUGACUGUGCCUGGCUUCACGAAGGCUCCUGCUGAAUGUCCAGAUGAUCUCUUGGAGAAAGAGCCUGCGCUGCCGCCCCUCAAUCUGAUGACCCCCACAAAGUGCUUGUAUCCAAAAGUCCCUGCGAAUGUGAUCAAGGAGUGGUCGACUCACCCGACCCAUGGACAGGAAUUCAGAGAUUAUCUGGACAGCUUGAUCGCCGAGUUCGGUCCGUGCCCAGAGGAGGCCGAGCCGAAGCCCGAUGGAGGCAAGACGGAUGAGAAUAAGACUGGGGGCACAGCAGGAGCAUCUGGCACUGGGACCGGCGAUGGCAAGUCCAAGACCGUCGUGCCGAAGCGCAGGAUCUCUGGGUCUGGCUUGCCAGACUCCAAGCGCAGAAAGGUCGCGGGCGACAAAGUGACCACCAUCGAGUCGGUUGGGCGUGAGUCAGUCUUGGUGGAGGCGCCAAUGAUCAACGUGAAGGCCACUGGGGUCUCCCUAGUCUUAAAGGCUGGCGGUCGUGGCUAUGUCUUCAAUGGAGGCUCAAGCGAGACAGUGCUGAAGGCAGGGACGAUCCUCUGCGGAUAUGGCAAGGGCAAGUUCCGUUUCGCCAACAAAGACGGACAGCCCGCAGGCGAUCCUGCUGCAGAAGUUCAGUUCCACCUCAAAGGCCCUGAGGAUCUCGUGCUGCACAACGGCCAGCUGCUGACCCUCGGCCAAGUCAUUGAAGCGCAGCGCUCCAAGGUUCCCGUCAUCAAGAUUGCGUACCACAAGCUCACAGAUGCGCCCAAAGAUGGCAUGCCAGGAAACUUUACUCUGGAGCUCUCUCAGAGUGUUUGGUACAGUCCAGAGAAAGGAGCGGCUGUGCAAGGAGCCGGAAAUGAGAGUGGUGAGCCUGAUGCUAAACGCAAUUCUGAGAGCCCAACCACUGGUCAAAUGACCGCAGCAAGGCUGUUGCCAAACUCCUCAUGGGACAGCGGGUGUGUCAGAAUCUUGUUUACUGUCAAGUGGCUUGCGACAGGGCUGUGGCCCGUGCGUGCCCACCCAGUUUUGAUCCAGGAUUGCGAUCUUCCACCAGGCCGCGCGCUUGUCCUGAACUAA